CACUGGGUCCCAAAUUGCAAGUGGUCCCAAACAAGGGCCAAUUUCUCGUUUAUAUUUCCAUCGCCGCCGGUCCCCCCCUCCCCCUCCAAGACGCCAUCGUCGUCGGAAGCUACGGUGGUUGGACAGGAACUUCGGUGGCCGGUUGCGAUCUUAUCUUCCCCUCCUACCCUUCAUCAAAGGUUCCUUCGAUCCCAAGUUUCUUUCAAUAUCAUCCCAACUCUCAUAAUACCCACCCUGCCCCGCGCCGGCUUCCGCGGCUAGUCCCCCCCUCAGGAUCCCUCAACUUGGAAUCUUCCAGGUUAUCCCACUCUGUAACCAUGACGUCCUUCUCCCUCACGGGCGCCGCCCCCAACAAACUCACAAAGACCCGAGGCGCAAAGGUGGUCAAGCCAAUUCUGAAAAAGCUGUCGUCGUCGCCAAAGAACUCGCUGGAUUUGAACCGUGGAUGGGAUGAGCAGCCGGUGGAUCAACUCGACAUCGACAACGGAAACAACAGGAAUAGCGUCAACUAUAGGUCCGCAAAGGAUGUCGGCUUUGGGUACGCUGGAGGUGUUGUAGCCGCAAAGGCAGACGAGGACAGUGUUGCCGACCUGGGUGCUACUGGAAACAGCGUUCGUGUCAAGUACCAGCACGCUCGCUCUGCUUCGCAAACAUCGUCUGGCAGUGGCUCCCGAGCUUUCUGCCAUCCUUUCCAGCAGACGCCGCGUACAGCUACCCCGCCGCUGUCGUAUGCCCCUUCACUCGCCUCUUUCGAUAACGGUCGUUACUCGCCUACCAUUGCAGAGACAGAAGACGAAACGGCCACUGAUUCACAGCAAGCGCAGCCGCAACCAACAAGUCACCCUAUGCAGUCGCCUCCUCCUCCUCCUCCCGUCAGGUCCAACACCACCAACAUUCUGCGCCAAAGGCCAUCCAUCGCCAGCUCUCGCGCCAAUUCCUACUCGGACGCCAACUCUGCUUCAAAGGCCCUCCGCAUCAACACUGGCCGAUCAACCCCCACGGCCAUCUCUUCCCACCCUGACGCACAUGGCGUUGUUACUACCAGCCGCUCAGACGACCAGCUUGGCCAGAACGACUCCCCUACUGGCACCGUGGGCGGUGCUGCUUCCUCCACCCAGCAGCAGUCCACGGUUGUUUCUCCGACAUCCUCAACUGGCACCCCAAUGUCUCCCCUGCGUACCUCGCUCGAUCUCACCUCGGGCUUCCCUCGUCUGCGCAGCCGUUCCACUGAGAUCGACUCGGCUGCCCGUCUUGAGAAGAUCCGCAAUGCGCGCCGCAAGUUCGAGGAAAAGGAGAGGGCCAACCAGGAAAAGUAUGAUCGUGAACUGAUCAAGAAGCGCGAGCGCAAGGACACCAAGGAAGCGAGCCGCAUCGAAAAGGAGUCUGCGAGAAAGAGCAGCCUCAGCGAUCUUCCAAGGCCCUCCAUGACCCGCAAGGCCACCGCAACUAGUAUCGCAACGAUUACCGGCCCUACCAGAACCGCUUCGGGAUUCAGCUUCACCAAGCACGGCAGCGGCGGUUCUUCCAAGACGAGUCGCUCCAAGGGCGAUGUCACUGCUUCCUCAUUCUGGGAUCGGUCUUCCACUAUCGGCCCGGCUACCAACCCUACGAGCGGCGACAAUUCGCAACCCGAGAUGUCUGAGAAGCAUGGUCUUGGCUUCGCCAGCCGCAAGUACGAAAGCGUACCGGCUGAUCAGGCUGCUCCUCCGGCUUUCAUCGCCAACCCCGUGGAUCAUGUCAAGUUCGAGCAGACUCGCCGCCGGUCUAGCGGACCCAAAAGGAAGACCCAGAACUACUGGCAAGAGUUUAUCCUUUGGUUGAGGACCAAGAUUCUUCGAUUGAGUGGUCGCUAAAUAAGGACCCUUCCAACAACAAAUCCUAUUCACAAACAUCGAUUUGAACGGACCCAGCGCCUCAUGAUAUCAGUCGUGCACGAGUCACGAAAAUCAUCAACACUCAGCAUCACAUUAAGCGAUCCUUUUUUUCGUUCGUCAACAUACCUUGGGCUGGCAACUUUUUUUCUGCACAAGAAGGCGUAGCGGGCGUUAUUUGUUUUCAUCAGCAUGCAUCAACGGGUCUUAGUGCCCUAGCCCUUCCCGUUUGGACAGGGAAGUGAGCAGCGACAGGCGUUUUGGUAAUCUUUUCUUACACAUGCACUGGAGUUAUUUUUUGCAUCCGGUGGCGGUUUCUUUUUUUACUUUUCUUACACUCAUUAUGAUGAAGGCCCUCGAUGGAGCGCCUGUUAUGACACUGGAUAGGGCAUAGAACGGAUCUUGCAUUGGACGGCGAUUAUGGACUGGAUGGUCCUG